UGAUUUGGGCUUUUGGAUUGGUUGUUGGUUGGUGCGGUGCCGCUACUGCAACUGAAUCGAGGACGAUACCAUAGAAUCGAAUCGAGAAAGAAGGAAUCGGAUAGAGUAGAGUAGAUUAGAUUAGAGAUUAGAGGAAGGUUCAUUUUCAAUUUCAAUUUUGAAUUUUGAAUUUAGAACAGAACAGAACAGAGCAAUGAGCACGACGCAACUUCUUCUUCUUCACACAGCACUUAUACCAUCGCUCACACCUUGCUGCCGAUGUAAUAAUAACAAUAUCUCAACCACAACCACCGCAACUAUAAUUCAGACUCAGUUCCUCACAACGAAGAAAGCGGUUACUGGUUCAAGAAGAAUAAUAAAAUGUAUGGCCAAUCCGAAGAGAGUUAAAAUGGUUGCUAAACAAAUCAGGAGAGAAAUUGCUGAUAUGCUUAUCACCGAUAAUGUCUUGCAGUUUGCCGUUCUUCCAGAAGCUUCUUUAGGUGCUGAUUCUUAUCUCUCUUCCGUCACCACUAUCACCGACGUCGAAAUCACCGGUGAUUUGCAGUUGGCUAAGGUGUAUGUAUCUGUUUUUGGAGAUGAAAGAGGGAAGGAAAUGGCUCUGGCUGGCUUGAAGGCAAAAGCAAAAUAUGUCCGAACUCAGUUGGGGAGGCGUAUGAAGUUGCGGUUAACUCCCGAGAUACGAUUUAUAGAGGAUGAAUCUUUUGAGAGAGGAAGCAGGGUCAUUGCAAUAUUAGAUAAACUUAAGGAAGAGGAGGAGAGUAGAACAAGUCAAAACAUAGAGCAGUUGGAUUCGUCAGCAAACCAAGAUGAGUCUGAGCAGCUGAAUUCAUCAGCAGAUGAAGACGAUGGUGAUUGGGACGAUGAUGACCGUGACGAAGGUAUCAUUUAUGUGAAAUAGCUGCCUCCUAGAGCAUCAGUAUAUUGUGCGUCUGUUAUGGAGAUGGAGAGACCAUGCAGUGUUGGUAGGUAUGUUUUGAUCAACUUGUGUCAAAAAGCACUUAGAUAAUCUCAAGUUCCGUUUUGUCUAGAUGAAUGGUUAAUAUUAAGAUUUCUAUUAGGUUUGUAUUCCAAAAAGAAUUAUACUCUGUAUAUGUGUCCUAAUUUUGGUUUGUUUAGCUUUAGAAAGAAAAUCACAAAGAUUUUCUUAACUGUUUGGUUAUUAAAUUAAUUAAUUAAUUAAUUAAUUACAUCCACACAGUGCAGGGAAACACUUACACUGCAAUGCUUAUCCGGAAAGAUGUUGCUCUUGUUAAUUAGUUAAGUGACAAGAUAAUCUUUUUUUGGUUA